UAUAUAUAUACCCAAUUAUUCUUCUAUAGUUUUAGCUUAUUUUGUGCUUUGGACAUGAGGGAAACCAUGUCUUCUUGGCCACAGUUUUACGAUCAAAAUCUUUCUAAUCAGGACUUAUCGAAUGGCGUUAGUGUCAUCACAUCAGAAUCUGUGUUCGGCGACCAGGGUUCCGAUCCUUCCGGCUUCGUUAAAACUCCUACGAUCACCACGAGCACCGCUCCGGCGAACUCGUUAGGCUCGGGACUAGGCGGUGGAUCGAGUGGUGGUCAUUUGAGUCCCGAAGGCCGCGUCGGGAAGUCAGCUAGAAGACGAUCAAGAGCUUCGAGACGAACCCCUACCACCUUGCUCAACACGGAUACCACGAAUUUCCGAGCCAUGGUGCAACAAUUCACCGGUGGUCCGAGUGCUCCUUUCGCAGCAGGAGGUUCUCACCCCAGUGGGGCGAAUUUCGGGUUCGGGUUCGGAACCCGCCAAUCCCAUGUUAACCCUAAUAACACCCUCGUGCUUCCUCCCACUGGUUUUCAGCUGCAAUAUCAACAGCAGCAGCAACAGAAUCAAUUACUCCACCACCACCCCCAAAACCAGCCGUUUAUCUUUUCAUUGAACCGAAGCGAUAAUAAUAAUCCGGGGACGAGGGAGGUCUUCUUUCAAAGAUUGGGCGGUGGCGGUGGCAACCAAAGGGCAACCGUGGAAGGCGGUGGUGGAGUGUCGCAAGGGUUAGUUGGGGAGGGUGUUUCCACACAGGUUCCUGGUUCUAGAACAUCAGCCUCGUCCAAUGAGAAUAGGGUCAUGUUUUGA